CCGGUCUUUUGCAUCGUGUGUUCUUUACUUUGUCGACUCGUUCUGAGCAGUUCGAAGUGUGUAAAAAAACACGUGUAGACAUGGGUUUCCAGAAUAUUUGGUAUUCUCAUCCACGAAAAUACGGUCAAGGAUCAAGAUCCUGCCGUGCCUGUGCAAAUAGACAUGGGCUUAUUCGCAAAUAUGGCCUGAACAUCUGCCGGCAGUGCUUUAGGGAAUAUGCCGCUGACAUUGGUUUCAAGAAGCUGGAUUAAAUAUACAAGAACAUAGAAAAAAUUGAAACAAUUUAAUCGAUACACCUAUGUCUUCAACAUCAGCACUAUCUUAGAAUUACGGUGGAAAACAAAUACAAUGCUAUUGUAACAAUUGGUAUAUCCAGCACUCCAUGCGAUGUUCUUAAAAUAAACAUCCUUAUGUUCUUGUAA